AUGAGUCGGAGGAAGCAAUUCACUGAAGACGAAAUACUUGGUGCACUAUUGGAGUCGGAUUUAGAGGAUUUUAGUAGCGAUGACGAGCUUGUGGAUGCGACUUGGGAACUACCUUCUGUGGGAGAUGAAACUUUAGACGAUCAAAGUGACGAAGAUGAUCACGAAAUUAACGCUACGGAGACACCACAAAAUGUCACUGAAAACGCCAAUCGCCGUGAUAUUUGGAGGAAAAGACCUUUUGAUAUACAAUUGGAAGAGAGUGUUUCUCAAUCUGCGGAAAUUAACGAAAAUAACCUACCCGUGCAAGCCCUUCUGAUACUCGACAAUGCCCCUGCUCAUCCACCAAACCUCGAAAAGGACAUCCUCGAGGAGUUAAAAUUCAUAAAGGUUCUCUACUUACCACCCAACACCACUCCUAUCCUGCAGCCCAUGGAUCAGCAAGUGAUUUCUAAUUUUAAAAAACUAUACACCAGGCAUCUGUUUCGGCGCUGCUUUGAAGUGACGGAGAACACAAACCUCACCCUUCGAGAGUUCUGGAAGGACCACUUUAAUAUAGCGAUUUGCCUACAAAUUAUCGAUCAGGCCUGGUUGGGAGUUACAACGAGGAAUUUGACCUCUGCAUGGAAAAAGCUGUGGCCUGAAGCUGUAGCUGAAAGGAUCUAUGAAGAAUUGGAACCCGGUGUUUCAGUAGAGGAGGAGAUUAUAUCUCUGGGGAAAUCAAUGGGUCUAGAGGUGGAAGAGAGAGACGUGAACGAGCUCAUCGAGGAGCACAGCCAGGAACUGACGACUGAAGAGAUACAAGAAUUACAGUCACAGCAGCAUACUGAGGUUAUGCAAGAAAUUGGUUUUGAGGAGUCAGUGGAGGAGGUUAUUUCUACAAGCUGCGAGUAG